AAAGAACAUUGCUUUAUGAAUCAUCCUCUGAAUACCAACGAUUACAAAACAGCGGAAAACCCUGCAUUACUUCCUGAAAAUCAAAUUGUUAAACAUUUGCUACAUAAACUACAUUUAAUGCUUAAGAAUUCAUCUUUUAUUAGGAUUUUAAGUUCAAAGGAAAGUUUAUUAAGUGUUAUGCUCUACGGGUUGUAUGGAGUUGUUGGUAUCGGAAUUGAGGAAAUUAUACCCGUUUUUUUAGCAACUUCUAAAGAUUAUGGCGGAGCUGCUAUGACAGUAUUUGACAUUGGCAUUAUGUUGUUAGUUUCAAGUAUUUUAUUUAUAAUAGCACAAUUUAGUACUUCAAAGUUACAAUAUAGACUUGGUGCUAAAACGACAUUUGUUGGGUGCAUCUUUAUUUUUGCUUGCGCGACUCCAUUAUUACCAUGCUCUACACUACCUCAAAAUAAUAAACUGCGAUGGGUCCUUCUAUUGAUUAUUCAAGUUCUUAUUAAUGUUGUAAAUAAUGCAUGUUUUAUUUGCGUUAACAUAUUUUUGGGUAAUAGUGUUGAACAUGAUCUUUUGGGUACAGUUAAUGGUUUGGGAAUGUCAGUAUCUUGCAUUGGAAGAGCUCUGGGACCGACAAUCUUUGGUUUUUCCUUCAGCUGGUCGUUGUCAAACAUUGACCAACAUAAAUUUGGAUUUCCAUUCAAUCAAUUCUUUGUUUUUUUUCUAAUAUCCAUUGGCUGCUUACUUACUUGUGCAUACGUUUAUUGGUUUAUUCCAUCUACGUUAAAUAAAAGAAAAGUGCUUCCAGAAAAAAGUUAAACUGUAUUUAAACGUAUUGAAUUAAAUAAAUAAAAAAUUUU